AUGCCCCAUAAUUUCGCCUUUUUGAAUGAACAUACACAGGCAGUCCAACCCGCUUCGAACCAAUUGGUGAUCGAGGUGUUGAGGUAUGUUACGCAACUUCAAAGUGUUGUCGUUCCUACACUGUCGUUUGUCGAUACUGUGGCAAAUAUGCAGCUCACACGACGUCAGGUGGAUCACAAAGCUUUCGAAGAUCAGGAAAAAUUUUGGCUGUCUUGUUCUUUUACGGUCGGACGCUCACAUGUUCUGGAUUUGGUCACCGUUCACUGGGAAGGCGGUCUGUUUGGAACUGCCAUUAACCGUACGGAGCUGAAUACAAUUUAUUCUCAAUCCGUAGUGAGAAAUGCCUCGGAAAAUCGCAUUACUGCCCGACUCAGACUCAACCUUCCAGUCAUGGAUCCCCGUGUUUAUGGUCAAUAUCGUUGUGCGUUUACGUUUCAUGAGUCGGAAAGUGCAGUAGGCACGGUUGAAAUGAAAAUUGCCCCGAUUAUCAGACUAGCCUACGAUCCUCCACCCGUCCCACCGGCCAAUUUCUCGUAUCGUUUCACGUGCAAAGAUCCACCAUGCACAGCUAGUCUUGAUAGAAGCAAUUCCUCCGACUCCACCGUGGCUAAUUGGACUGGGGCAUGUGAACUGGUUGCCGCCUACCCACCGGUGUCGGAAUCUGGACUUAUCUGGGCAUGGAACGAGCCACAAUGGGCAAAUUACGCAAUUCGUCGAGUGAACGAAGUUGGCAAGGCAACCUAUUUGAGUGAACUGUCAUCGGGGGAAGCGCUCUCGGAGAAAGAUUUAGCAAACCCAUGGCAAGUGCUCGAACGGCGAAGACGAAAACGAAAUGUGGAUAGUACGGGAGAGUUGCAUCUGGAAUCCGGCGGAGAUCGUCCACCGUUACCAGUGAUAUUUUGGUGUUGGACAAAAAACAGUGUUGGUCAAACCGCCAUUUGGUGGCCGGGUCCAGUGCGCUCGGUCUCCGGCUCCGAUGGUGACAACCCAUCCGAGCCGGAGAUUUUAUACUUUUUGAGGUGUCAGNCUUGUGAAUUGAAACGGGUCGGUAUUAUGCAUUCGCUACCCUAUGUGCGACUAUCGGAAAUCGAUGCUCACACGGACGAGCUGGAUACAAAAUCGCUUGGUCGUAUUGGUCCCGGUUUCACCGAACACGAAGUGAAUGCAGACGAACUCCCCGACUCCCAUCCCGGUCCGGCUGAGCAUGAUAUGAAAACACCGAUUGUAAGAGCCCAGGAGACUGAUGAGUAUUUCUGGGACCUGGACGGCGCUCCCUCAGACAGUGGACGGAAAUAA